CAGACAACAAUCAUGCUCGGAAUUGACUACGUGAGUAGUGACGAGGAGGACGUGGCGCCUGUCGUCAAACCUGAGUUGUCAAAACCACCAUCUCGACCAGCAGCUGCAUCGAUCGCAGAGCCUGUCCCAGCACCAGCGCCUUUACCUAGUGAGAAGGUCCCGACACUCACAGCUCUGCCAGAAGGACCCUCUCAAGGCCCCUCUGCAAUUCCUCAGAUUGAAUAUGAUGAGCCAACCGAGGGUGCUUCGCCAGGGUCUCCCUAUACUUCCAAUCGUCUGAUGAUUCAAAAUCUGACCUUGCCCAAUGUCCCGAAUCUCAAUAUACCUCCCUCACCACCAGGCUCGCCACCACGGAGAGCAACCCAGAAGUUUGCACAGUUCCUCGAACUGAAAAAGAAGGGACAGCACUUCAACCAGAGACUGGAGAACUCAUCUGUCGUACGGGAUCCGAAUCAUUCGAGCAAGUUGAUGGACUUUGCCAGCAUCACCGAUGAGGAUCAACAUGCUUCAACCCUACCAGAAGGGCUCGGUGUGCCGGUAUUAUGGCCAGACUGGGCAUAUGGCGAGGCGCUCAAUGCUUCUCAGAAGAAGAUUACCAAAGCCAGGGAGAGUGAACGAUCGAGGGUCCCGCGUGGGUUAGUGGAUUUUGUACCCGCUAAAAGCGGUACUUCUAGCGGGUCUGGCACACCCGCGGGGAAAGGGCCGCGACAGAGUACAGCUGAAAAGGUCGUUAGAGGGACAGACAAUCGAUCGAGGGAGAAGCGAUAAUACGCUACGUAUCAAAAUACCCAGACGCUCGUACAUUGCAGAAGACGAAUCCGUUAAUUCUAUAUCGAACCAGCAAAACAUGCAUAAUGCUGAAAUCAGCCAUGAAUGUCUCUGCUCGGCUCGCGUCCGUCCCUUGUGUCAACUUGAGGACUAGACUGGAGGACUAACGUGGAAGCGAGAAUUAAACCGAGUGCU